GGCGUCCUCUUUCAUUGGCCGGGAGAGGGCGCUGCCAUGUUGGAGGAAGCGGUGCCUUCUGUGUGGUGGAAACGCCGUGGCUUCACCCAUAGCGUUGGGGAGCGCAGCCUCCUACCUUUCCUCCUCGAUCAAGUGUCGGUGCUGAGAGGCGGCGACUGGCGGGAUAGAGAGAAGUAAGAUGAACCUGCCCAAGGCGCCGGACACGCUCUGCUUCGACAAGGACGAGUUCAUGAAGGUGCACGCCUGGGCUCUGCUUCCCGGAGCCGGCCGUGGGUGGCCUGCCCUCCUUGGCCCUCCGGGGUCUCUCCUCGGGCUUCUCCUGCGGGCUUCCUGGGCCGUCCCCGCCCCGGACGGGUCCUCGGCGAGGACCUCACUGCACUUCGCAGAAGAUUUCGAUGUCGGUCACUUUGUGUCUGAAUUUAGGAAGCGUGUCCAGCUGGAGGAACUAAGAGGAGAUCUGGAACUCUACUAUAAACUUCUUAAAAUAGCCAUGGUUGAGCUCAUCAACAAGGCUUAUGCAGAUUUUGUCAACCUUUCCACAAACUUGGUUGGCAUGGACAAAGCCCUCACUGAACUUUCUGUGCCUUUAGGACAGUUACGAGAAGUUCUGGUAAGUCCCCAAUUAAUGAAAACAGUCUGCUGUGAGGCCUGUUGUCCUCGUCGGCUUUUCUCUAAGAAUUCUUUUCAUCUGUUAGUUUGGUGGUACUGGUGGUUGUAUUUUAACGGUUCAUGAUUAUAAUAUUCACCUUCAGAAGAGUUGUAAAUGAUUUUGUUUUUGCAUAUGCUAAAAACCUAAAAAAACAUGUUCGAUUUGAAGAAGACAUAUUCUCAGUGUAGACAACCUUAAAAUGUCAGGGGAGAGGAAGCAUAUUUCCAAAUUUAACUUAUUAAUACCACUUUGGUCAUAUGUAAGUGGUUUCUAACUUAUGAAUGACUUAUAUUUUAACAGUUUGUAAUCUUGUAAAUAUCCCCCCCACCCCACGUAAUCUACGUGUGGUUAGGUUCCUGGGCUGAUCUACAAAAACUGUGUAAUCACUAAUGGAACUGAAAGAUAACAUAAAUAAAAUGUAAUACUUAAUAAAUGUUACAUUUGCAUGUUCUCAGAAAAAUCUCUGUUGUGGGAAUGGGACUCCCCACCUCUAAGCCAUUGGGAAUAGGAACUCCACCUGGGUGAACAGUGGAGGGGCAGUUGUGGCAUCACUUCUAACAGAAAACUGUGCUGCCCUGUCUCCCACCCCAGAACCCCCCGUCUGUGUCUGGUGCCCUGACUUACAGCUUCUGUCCGUUCUGAUGCCCUGUCGUAAAAUUGUCAUAAACGACACCAUCCUUCCUUGUGUGUCUCCUCUAGCUUGAGUGGCCUCGUGCGUCCCUCCCCUAAGACAGUGCCUGCAUCCUAGAGAGAAUAUAAGGAGAACAUAAUUUAAGGGAAGACACAGUACAUGGUUAGAACCAAGAAAAAUGCGGAGUAAUGGAAAUAUCAGUGCUGAGAAGCCUAGGGGAGGGGCAGGCAAGAAAGAGUUCAUGAAACAGGUAAAAAUCUUGAGUUGUGCCUUGAGGUAGCCAAUACUUUCCAUGGUUUAUGUCUCAUUUGAAUUUUACAAAAUCUUGUUAAAGGUACUUUUCCUUGGAAUGGAAGGGAUUUUCAUGGUCCACUGUUGGAUUCCACACCAGCCGCUGUGGGGCUCUCCCACUGCCUCCUUGGUGUGCCUCUUCCUCCCAGGGCCUCAUAGUGGUGUUGUUUCCCAAGCCUAGCCUUCCUUUGGCCUCCCACUCUUCUCUCGAACCCCCACCCUGGAGGCAGAUUUGCUCUACUCACACAGGCUCCCGUCCCGCCUCACCCCCUGCCAUCACCGUAUCCCCUCCCUUUUCCAUGGCCUGUUUUUAUGGCCACUUUGGUCCUGCUCAAUCACAGGCCUGAACUGCCUUUCUGGUCCCAACUCUGAAGCUGUUCUGUGAGAUUCUCAGACCACUGAGGGAUACGACUAUAUCUGUCUUCAUUGCAUCCCUGUGGGCUGCCACAAUACUGACGUCCAGGAGGUGUUUCAUAAUGUUGAUGGAGUGAAUUAAUUCACCUUCCUGCGGAAUUUUUGUGAUAUGCCUAUUUCAUUCUAGUUGUUUCUGUUAACCUUUGUUUUGGCCCUAAUUCCUAAUUAUCUCUUUAUUCAUUAGCUUCUGGACAUGCUUCUCUACCUCUGUGCUCUGCCUUUUUCUGGUCUUCUGUUCUUCAUUCUUGAUUCCUGGUAUUUCCAUACCCACAUUUCAUCAUCAUGCAUCAGUGCUUUGACAUUCCAUCGUUCUCCAAAUAUGCAGAAUCUAAAGACCUCAUCUCAGUGAAGUUGGCCCUCCAUUCCUAUUUUUGCUUCUCUCCAGAAGGAAGCCUGCAGUGCACAUGGCUGUGUGCCUGUCUGACCCUGCCCCUGAGUGUGUGUGCACUUACAUCUGCUCCCCAUCCCCUCCCCACCUCGGCAGCUGUGUACACAUGGCUUUCAGAGUCUGAAUCGAGCCCCGUCGCAUUUCCAGACUCUCCUGUACUUUGCUUCAUAUUAUCUGUUCUCCAUUCUAAGCCCCCUCAUCCGCAUAACUUUCACUGUAUAUGUGUCAUUCUUCUUCUGGCCAUGCGACCCUGCCUUCGUGUCAUUAUGCCCCCAGAUCAUGAGUCCC